GGUGGUAGCCGCUCAUUGGACGCUCGUUAAAUCACGACGUGAUGUAACGCUACGUGCGUACAAUACACGCUGUGGCAUAUGAUAUCGACAUCGACGCCGGUGGAGCACGGGUGACGGGACAGGAGUAUCAGCGACGGCGAUCACUACGAACGUGGUGCGUGCACGUCAUGAACGGAGCCUCGCGGUCGUGGAGUGUUUGAGACCAUUUCCUCUCUUUCUCGGUGAUGCACCGUUACCGCGGCCAGUCUCGCGCGCUCUACCAUCGAUGGUAGUGUGAUAUGCCAAGUACGAUGACGAUGAUGCCACGCGACAUUCGCCGACACUGAGCUCGGCUACGUGAACGACAGCAGCAACAAUAACAACAACGACAACGGCGACGGCGGUUUCGACGAUGCCGAUGAUGCCGCGAGUGCGGGACGACGAUCGUGCGCAACGUGGUACCGCCUGAACGACGUACACCGUGCGCGCCGCUUUUACGUCCGGACGGAUUUUUCUGCGUUUUCCUCCGCUCCUCCACGCUACAAGGACUUCGCCGUUGAGACGCCGGACGAGGCAGUGAUCCCGGGCGCAAUGGCAGCUCACAAAACAGUCGGGCCGAGCGCCCGUAAGAAAGUACAGGUGUCUUUAGUCAUUAGAGAUGAGGUAGAGAAGCAGCACAGGGCUGGUGUUAAUUCCUUGCAGUAUGACCCAGCUUUGCACAGGCUAUAUUCCGCUGGCAGAGACAGCAUUAUAAGGAUAUGGAAUUGUAGAAGCAUGAAGGAGCCUUAUAUCCAAUCCAUGGAACAUCAUACGGAUUGGGUUAAUGAUAUAGUGCUAUGUUGUAAUGGCAAAAAUCUUAUAUCUGCAAGUUCCGACACCACUGUCAAGGUAUGGAAUGCACAUAAAGGCUUCUGUAUGUCUACCCUGCGUACACACAAGGACUAUGUCAAAGCAUUAGCAUAUGCCAAAGAUAGAGAGCAAGUUGCUAGUGCGGGUCUGGACAAGUCAAUAUUUCUCUGGGAUGUUAAUACAUUGACUGCUCUUACCGCGAGUAAUAAUACAGUCACAACAUCGUCCCUUAGCGGAAACAGAGACUCUAUAUACAGUCUUGCCAUGAAUCAGAUUGGUACAAUUGUCGUAAGUGGUAGCACAGAAAAGAUCCUUCGAGUAUGGGAUCCACGAUUUUGUACCAAACUUAUGAAACUUCGUGGUCAUACAGAUAAUAUUAAAGCAUUAGUCUUGAACAGAGAUGGAACACAAUGCUUAUCAGCGAGUUCUGAUGGCACUAUUAAAUUGUGGUCGCUUGGCCAACAGAGAUGUGUACAAACAUAUAGAGUUCACAAAGAAGGAGUGUGGGCAUUAUUGGCAACAGAUAAUUUUAGUCAUGUAAUAUCUGGAGGCAGGGAUAAAAGGGUAGUAAUAACGGAAUUAAGCUAUGCAGAGAGAUACACAGUUAUUUGUGAAGAAAAGGCACCAAUACUCAAAAUGGCUAUGACGCCAGAUCAAUCUAGUAUUUGGGUUGCCACCAGUGAAUCGACUAUUAAUAAUUGGUCAAUAAGCCAAAAGGAUUGGCAAGAAUUAGGAAUCGGAGAUUAUUGCGAUUCUGCAAGUAAUAUUUUAAGAAACACCGAACCUACACAGAAAAUACUGGGUGCUCCUGCCAUAAGACAUUACCACAUAUUGAAUGACAAAAGACACGUUUUAACAAAGGAUACAGAAGAGAAUGUUGCGUUAUAUGAUGUAUUAAAAGCAUGUAAAGUAGAAGAUUUAGGCAAAGUCGAUUUCGAGCAGGAGUGUAAAAAGAGAAAUAAAAUGGUGUAUGUUCCAAAUUGGUUUAACGUCGAUCUCAAAACGGGGAUGCUAACUAUACAUUUAGGGCAAGAUGAAAAUGAUUGUUUCUCUGCAUGGGUUUCCGCUAAAGAGACCGGUUUGGCCGAGAAUGAUGCUGUAGAUCAAAAAGUAAAUUAUGGGAAUCUUUUACUGCAAGCAUUACUUGAACACUGGUGGAGACCAUUACAUGCUGAUGACGAGAAUGAGGGUAAUGGCAAUGAUGGAAAUCCUCCUUUGCAGCAUAUAAGAGGAGGAAAUCCGUAUUUCUCAGUUCCUAGUCACACACCUAUUACCUUCAGUGAAGUGGGAGGUAGAACUGUCUAUCGACUAUUGGCUCGGGAUGCCGCAGGAGAAACUGAGAGCGUCCUGUUAAACGAGACCGUACCUCCAUGGGUAGUGAACAUUGUCGUGGACAAAAAUCUUCCACAAUUCAUUAAAAUACCCUUCUAUCUUCUUCCUCACGCUUCUUCAGGUGUAAAAAGUUUGAAAAAGGAUCGUUUGAUAGCAAAUGAUUUUAUACAAGUCCGUAAAGUGGCUGAGCAUGUUUACGAUAAAGUGCUCGGUGCGGGAAGCGACUCGGGUUCGGUGACUGGUGGUGGAAAUACAGUUUCCAGCGGGUCUCCGGCAGGCGAUAGGACGAAUACAGAUUCCAAUGCUGAUAAUUCUUCGUUGGCUGAGGAAAAAGUUGAACUCUUAUGUAAUGAUCAGGUCUUGGAUCCUUCAAUGGAUCUGAGGACAGUCAGACAUUUCAUCUGGAAAAGUUCGGCGGAUUUAACACUUCAUUAUCGCCCUGUUAAAUAGUUGGAAUUAACUACAUUACAUCAUGAACCAUUACAGUGUGUCUGGUUUUAUACCAUGAAUAGUAGAAAAUACAUGGGCUACUUGCAGAAUAUGGUACCUUGUGCCACCUUCUUCUUGAGAAAUGAUCACCUGGAUUUAACGAACGUUUCGUGCGACGUUGAGGCGGAAGCGAAAGAAAGCGAGGCGUAUUUGGAGUAUUAGAGAUUAACAUAACGCAAAGUUCUAAGGCAAUAAUGCGUGGAAGUAUUAAUGUAAAUUUUGCUCACUUUUAUACACUUACAUCCUAUGGCCAAAUUCACAGACAGAGCAUUACUUUUGAUUAAUCCACUUGAGAAUAUCAUGCUUUUUGUACCUGGGAUAUAGAUGGGAUAUAGAUUUUAAAGUGUUUAUUGUCAGCCAUAUAUCGUCUUCCCAUUCCAAAAGUAUCAAUAAGAACGUAUGGCACAAAAAAGAAACAAGAAAGAAUAGACCGCAUGGCCGAGAAAAUUGGUGGUUUCGUUAGGUCUAAUGGAUCCAGGUGGUUCUCACAAAUGCUUCUCAAAUUUCCUUUCUUAAUUCUGUUUUAGUUACAUAUUUCGUAAUCAAUACAUAGGAUCGUCUUCUUUUAGUAUUGUAAUAAAAACAUUGAAUAUUUAUUGGGGGUAUAAAAAAUUAUACAAUAUGUUUCGUUAUGCGUACAUGCAAAAUGUAUAUUUCACACUUGCCUCGUUAUAUUAGAGAGCAAAAAACUGAUAUAUAAAAAAAUAUAUAUAUGAAAAAAGAAAUAUGUCAAUUCACUAUUAAUCAAAUUAUAUUUGAAUAGCCAAAUUAGAAGUUCAAUAUUUCCUAUGAUUCAUAUAGGAAAUAAGAGAAUGUAUUUGUCUGCAAUGUAAUAAGAUCAAAUUCUGUCCUCAUGAAAACUAAUAAAAAAUAAAUAUAAGAUAUAUAUGUAAAAUAUAUAAGUGUAGGAGAUAUUUAACAUCAAAAAUUAAAUUUUGUAAGGUUCUACAUAAAAAAAUCAUUGAUAAUAUAAUUGUCAAAAGAUAUGCAAAGCAGUAUUCAACAGAAUUUGAUCUUUGAAAAAAUGUAUAAUAAAAAAUAUAAAAAAUUGUAGUUUCUAAUUUAACAUUUGAUAGAUUAUAAACUGUACAUAUACGAACACGACUGUGAAUGUAAUGUCCAUUAAUAAUAUAGUACGCCGUAUAAAUAAAAAUUUAAUAGAUCUUAUUGUGCAAACAACUCAGCCAAUAAUAUUUACUAUUACUGCAGAGUUAAAUUAUUAGAAAAAAAUUAUACUAGUUUUUAAUAUGGUUUAUGAGACACAAUAUUGUUUGCGUUAUUAAAAUGUACAUAUGAAAAUAAUUUUUUUUAUAAAUGUAAAUAUUUUGUCAUUUUAACUAGAUAAUUGUAUGUUAUAAUUUUAUCUAUUAUCAAGUUUUGGUUUACCUUGAUUUGGUAAUGCUUUACAUAUGUUAAGAAUUAUUUUCCGUCACUUGUUUUCAUGUAUCUAUCGAAAUAUAUAUUGUUAAAAUACUAUGAGAGAAAAAGAGAAAGAAAGAAACGUGUUUCUUGACUGAGUGAAGAUAUAUGAAUGCGUGAUGGACAAAAAUUCUAUCAUCCUGAUUAAGAAAGCUUUAUUCGUUAUCUUUACACGAGUUGUUGCAAAAGAAAUUGUGCAGUGGACUUAUAUUUUUUAAAAUGGUUAUUAAAUAUUAGAAUAAUUUCCCAAAUACCAAUGUAAAUUAGAUCACAAUAUACGAAAAUACAGUUAUCUUUUAAACAUCUUGAUAAGAUUUAUAUCACAAGAAAUGCAAAUUGUAAAUUGCUUUCAAAUUUGGAAUUAUUUCAAUUCUUUAUUACAAUGACAAUAGGGUUUUAUUUGCACAAUGAAUAUCUAUAAUCAACUUUAAUUGUUCAGUUCAUUGCAUAGUUCUUUGAAGAUGUACAUAUUAGUGUUCUCUAUACAGAUUUUUCAUAUAAAUCGUGAUUAAUUUUUAUUCUUUAUUUUUUUAAACAUGCACUUUAGACAUAUUUGUUGCUGUAAUCAAAAUGUGCUUGAGCAUAAAUUAUGCAGGGUAUUUUAAUCACGGUUUAUAUCAAUAUUUAAAAUAACCCAUAAUUAUUUUAAAUAUACACAUAACAAUAAAUAAUUUCUCUUUUAAAACAUCAAUGAUGAAUCACAAAAGUUAUUGCAGCAUCAUAUAAAUUUUUAUUGCAUAUAUUCUUCACUAUAUAUUUUACAGCAAGCAGCAUGUAAUUUUAUGUUGUUAAAGAUAGUAAAUUUAAUUCGUUUUAUUCGAGAUGUGAUAUUUUUGCACAGAAAAACACGAAUUAUUAAUAAGAGAACAUUAAUAGUGUAAAAAUCAAAAUCUAUUUCAUCAUUUUUUCAAUUCAUAUAAAAAAAGAACAAAAUUUAAAAAAAAAAGCAAACUUGGGUGCCAAAUUUUAUACAGAAAACAUGAUACUUGUAAAUUUUCGAUAGACAGCACAUUUCCCUUCUGUAUCAUUGUUUCAUUAUCAGGUGCAAAUUCUACAGUGAUACUACUUAUACGACGUAAGGCGAAAGAUUAAAUUUGUAAUUUUUAGAAUGAGAUCAUAGACUAAUAUCGUCUCUACAAAAAAUCCAAUGCUUGUGUCAGAUGAUUGCUUUGUAAGAUACAAUUUUUACGGCCCUGAGUGUAAAUUAUUCAAUUUUGCAAUGUCGAACUUGAAAAAGUCAAAUUUUCUACAAUUUUCUACGAAAUAUGUAUAACGAGACGAUAUUUCUAUCCUCGAAUACUAAAACAGUAAACAUGAUAAAGCAAAAAUGGCUGGAAUGCUGAAUAUUCAUGCAUUCUGAAUUUCCAACUGUCCUCGAAUACUUUCAUAAUUUACCUGAUUAACUUUGUAAUACAUUGCUACAUAUUGAUAUUAUCUCUACCGAAACGUAUAAUGAUAAACAAAACGACAUUCAAAAAAUCUAUAUCAGAAAAGGAUUGACAUUAAUGUCUAUUUGUAUUUAUUGUAUCUAUUUUACAACAAUAUGGCAUCAUUCCAGACUAUGUACAUUAUAUAAAAUAAUCAGUAUUUAUAUAGAAUAUAAUUUAAUGUAGAAAAGAGAUUGCAUCGUGCAGCAAUUAUUUGAAUAAAG